AUGGUCACGAAGCAUGGUGCACUUACAGAGAACAUAGCGCUUCUAUCUCUCUGUGGCACAACGCUUGAGCCGCUUAUGGACUAUACGCUACCCGUCGAUCCUCCUGGGGCAAUCCAUCAUCACCUCUCCCUGCAACAUGAGCAACAAGUUGCUGAGGCAUUCGCAAUUCUCUUAGCAAACACAGACGACCCCAACGCAGUCGGAGCCAUAUGCGUAGAGGAGCAACCUAACGCUACCGGCUUGUUAAUUAGGAUGGCUGUGAACUCUGGCAGCCAACAAGAGCGGACAUCGACCUUCGAUAGAAUAAUUUGCGCUUUGAAACGCUUAACGGCAUCAAAAGAUGAGGAGACUUUCUUCAAAGAGAUCGUGGUUGCCUGUCAAUCACGGCUACUAGUUCGCCUACGCUCGAGCCACGCAAAGUCUCACCGGAGACACAAAGUUGGCAGGCAAGCAGUCAUCUCAAGAUUAUGUGAUGGCAUCAAAGUUAUCAGCCGUCUUCGGAUCAAUCCCGCCGCGACUGCCGCUAUCAAGCCACAUACUGAUCUGCUGGAGUGUGCAUUCGCCAAGCUUGAAGCCAUGUCCUUUACCGCUGCGCAUUCAGAGUCGGGAAGUCAAUCUUUGUAUUGUAUCAUCUCAAAGGUGGAAAUGCUGCUUACGUCCACGGAUAUUGUCGCGCUCCUGAUGCUGAUUCCGAAUGAUAUACCCACUUGGCCAGAAUCUGCCGUUCGAAGCUUAGUCAAAAGUCUUAAUGGUCUUGCUCAGUAUCGCAGUGCAGCACAUUAUCUCCUAAGAAGAGCUCACAAAGACCCAAUCUUCCAUCAUCUGAAGAUAGCAGAGAUCUCUAGUGAGACAUACCCCGAAGGUCUCGGUACAUGGGAACCUCUCUCAGUGCAACAUGGUAUAUUCACAAGAAGCCUUCAAGGAUACGAUAAAUCUGUUCAGAGAAGUGAGAUCUCAUCUCAGCUCAAAUCUAUGCUUGGGAUGAGCCAUUCUGAAUUAGAAUCAUCUAUCGAUUGUCAUGCCACUAUGACGAAGCGUGUCCAUGCUGAGAUCCAGCUACUUCUCUACUCUAUGAAACAUCCUCCUCUCCUCCAGCCGCGCAUCAUCUGCUCUAAUAAGCACGCUUGCCUGCUCUGCGCUUUGUUCAUUCAGGCUCAUGGGAAAUUUCACAUUCGCAGCUGCCAUGGAAGGUUGUAUCCUAGAUGGAGAAUUCCUCUACCUCAGAUCAUGACGUUACCGGAGUCUUCUCGACUCCAAAUACAGCAAGCAGUGGAUGAUCUUAAUCAGUUCCUAGAAGCUAAACUCAGAACAUACCUACUUCGGUCGCGAAGCCGAUACACCUUCAGCAGUGUCGGCAGUACCGUCACAUAG